GAAUUCUCUUUAUAUCUGUGUCUCCCUCGUCCUACCCAGAACUCCCCGCGCCGCUCUGCCUUUCCGCCCCUGUACGGUCACGUGAUCGCUAUACUCUAAACUCAGUCCUGCUCGUUCCUCUGCGCGGAGAUUUGUAGUCGGUGUCACUCGUGUCGCAGGUUGUGACUGGAAAAGCCAGACGGAAAAAAUGGGAUCCUUAAUCUCCAAAGCUACAGAAACACAAAUGAAGAAGCAGCAGGAAUUAAUGCAGAUGAAUGCACAGAUUCAGCUGGAGAGACAGAUCAUUAUGCAGAAUAUGAUGCGAGAAAGGCAAAUGGCAAUGCAGAUUGCUUGGUCUCGAGAAUUCCUUAAAUAUUAUGGGUCAUUCUUCAGCUUGGCAGUCAUUGGCUUAACAGUUGGGGCUGUUAAAAACAAGAAGCCUGCUUUGUUCACUCCAGUAAUACCGUUAACCUUCGUUUUUGCCUACCAGUUUGACAUGGGUUAUGGAACUCUAGUCACAAGGAUGAAAGGGGAAGCUGAAAAUAUUCUUGAAAAAGAACAUAUUCUACUAGAAAUGCCACAAGGAUUACCAACAUUUGAGGGCAUUGAAAAGACAAGAAAAGCACAUAGAAGUUUACUUUUAAAAUAGAGUGGCUAUACUUUGCCAUAACAAUAGAGAGCCAAAGAGGCCAAAUUAUUAAAACAUCAUGGUGCCGAUCUGUUAAUUGGUCUUCCGUCCUUGAAUGUUUGUAAAAUAAAGGAAACAAACUUCUAAAAUGUAAUUAUUUUAAAAUGUCAAAUGUUCAACAUUGUUAACUAUUUACAUAUGUGACACUAGCUGUACUGCAUGAGGGGAUGUAAUCUAAUCUUUUACUCUAUUCUACUUUUUUUUUUACUCAGGAAGUGAGCAGGUUAUAGAACUGAUUUUGUAUCGUUCUGUCAAUGCUCACAUUGCAAUAUUAACAGAAAUAACAGAAUACAUAGACUGAAUAUUGUGUAUUUUAUUCAGUGGAGUGGGAUGAUUUUUUAAUACAGGUAUGGUACCUGUCAUCCAGAAUUGGGAUGUUUCUGUAAUUUGGAUCACCAUACCUUAAGUCUGCUAAAAGUAAUUUAAACAUUAAAUAAACCCAAUAGGAUUGUAAUAAUAUAAUAAAUUAUAUUUUAGUUGGCAUCAAGUACUGUUUAUUAUUACAGAAAAAAGGAAAUUGUUUUUCAAAAUUAUUUUAUUAAAAUGGAAGAUAGCCUU